UCUAUUCGUCUUCUCAAAUCAUCCCUAACGCUGCUAAAAAGAAAGAAGAAAUCACUGGUUCUACACAGUUUUUUGAAGAAUGUCUUCUUCAGUUCACCUUCACCGGAUCAAUCCGAGCAAGAAUCCCGGCGGAGGUGGCGCCUCCGCGGCAACGAUGAUGAACUGUCACAGAAGCGCCGCGGCGGUGGAGGUGGUGCGGCAGAGGAUGAGCAUUCCGCGGAGGGACGGGGCGCCGGUGCCGGUACCCGACGCGGUGGCUCGGUACCAUGCGCACGACGUCGGAUCAGAACAGUGCUGCUCCGCCGUGAUCCAGAUCAUCGACGCUCCGGUUUCGACGGUGUGGUCCGUGGUGCGACGGUUCGACAAUCCUCAGGCGUACAAGCACUUUCUCAAAAGCUGCCACGUCAUCUACGGUGACGGUACCGUCGGCACUCUCCGGCAGGUCCAAGUCGUCUCCGGUCUUCCCGCCGCCUCGAGCACAGAGCGCCUGGAGAUUCUUGACGACGAGAGACAUGUGAUGAGCUUUUGCGUCGUAGGUGGAGACCACCGCCUGCGAAACUACCAAUCCGUUACCACACUGCAUACGAUUUCAUCAUCAUCAUCAAAUUCAAACAACGAAUCGAAAUCGUUGACGGUUGUGGUGGAAUCUUAUGCAGUUGAUGUACCGCAAGGCAAUACCAGAGAAGAAACGUGCAAUUUCGUUGAUACGAUCGUACGGUGCAAUCUCCAAUCUCUCGCACACAUCGCUGAGAACAUGGCCAAAACUUCCUAAAAUUUGGAUCCAUUUCUUCUUCUACUUGUUUUUGUGAUACAGGUGUGCAAGUGGAUUUUAAUCGCACUGUGGAUCAUUAUUAACACACAUACAUUCACGAUUGCAGCCUCUUUUUCCCCCUCUGAAACCGAUCUCUGCAGAUUCAUUCACCCCCUGAUUUACCUUUUCCUUUUGUCCGUACGAAUUGUUGUAUCUAUAAAUUUGUUCUUCCUUUAUGCGUCCAGUUAUAUGGAUCUUUCUUCUGAAA